AUGGUCACCAAUGCUGGAGCGUUAAAUACCGCUGCUCUGGCGGCGGAGAUCCGGGCGACGUGUCUGGCCCGAGGAUAUCAUGAGACCAAGAUUGCGAUGGCUUUGAGUGGUGAUAUCUUGGACUUGAUCAAAGAUCCUAAGAUCCUGGGAUCCGCCACAGCCUGGUUCAUUUGGAUCAUACCGACUGGCAAUUCUAAGACUGGCCCACGAGAGCCCACUCCGCCGUGGCAUAUCUUAGCGCGUGAUAUGUAG